AUGGCGGUCGCGGAUGUCAAGAAGAAAAUCAAGGCACGUCAAGGCCACCGUACGUUUGCAGAAAGCGUUAUGACAAAAUCUCGUGAGUUGAUUGCUGGUGAAAUUACUGAAGAUAUCUGUUGGAAGCUACAGGUAAAUAAACGAAUUUUAGAAGGUAUAAAAUUGCUCUCUUGGAAAGCAUAAAUGGUGAAAUUGUUGAUCUUUUGGACGCGAAAGAUAAUAUCGAGAAGGAAAUUAUUGAUAGCUCAGAGUUUAAUGCCACAGUUGACGAAUACCUCGUUCAAAUUGAGAUUGUAUUGACGGAAAAUGCAAAAGUUCAAGUGAGUCCACAUCAACCAGUUCUUACACCAAGUACUGCACCCGUCAAGGCUAAAUUACCUAAAUUAUCUCUGAAUAAAUUCUCGGGUAAUCCUGUUGACUGGCAUGCAUUUUGGGAUUCAUUCGGUUCUGCAGUUGGGUCAAACUCGUCAUUAAGUGAUGUGGACAAAUUCAAUUACUUGAAAUCAUUAUUACAUGGUUCUGCAGCAGAAACAAUCAGUGGAUUUUCGCUUACAAAGGAAAAUUAUUGUGAAGCUAUCAAAUUACUAAAGGAAAGAUAUGGGAAUAAGCAAGUUGUUAUUUCAAGUCAAAUGGAUUCCUUGUUGAAACUACCUGAAGCUACAUCAAUGGGUGAGGUGAAGAAACUGAGAAAUAUUUAUGACAAGUUGGAAUCGCAUGUUCGAAGUCUACGAAAUGUUGGUGUUUCUCCAGAUACAUAUGGUUCAUUUCUUGCUCCAGUUGUUAUGUCAAAGAUUCCAGAAGAAUUGAGGAUUAUUAUUACAAGGGAUUUGCCAUCUGGUGAGUGGAAAUUAGACCACUUCUCAAGAAAUUUAAUACAGAAUUGCAACUGCGAGAGAAAUGUGCCACUUAUCAGUGGUACUGGUCAGCGAAAAGAACAACAUUUCAGUCAAAGAGACAAAGGGAAAUAUAUCAAUCGUUAUCAAUCAUCUACAGCUGCCUUGCUAACAGAGAACAAGAGUGUUCAAUCAAGGGAAGGGCCAUGGUGUACAUUUUGUAAUGGGAACCAUCCAUCAUCUAACUGUACGAUUGUGACCGAUAUCUCUGCUAGAAAGCAGAUUCUGCGUCGACGGGGUAAGUGCUUCAAAUGUCUUAAAACUGGCCACUUAGUUAGAGAUUGCAAAUCGGGAAAACCCUGUUAUAACUGUGGUAAUAAUCAUCAUACAUCCAUAUGUGAAACCCGUAGUAAGCCUAAGACCUACACCCCACAAUCAAUUAACCCAAAUAUACCACAACAAAGAAAUCCUCCAUUUGUACCCUUAUGUCCAUCAACAAACAUGCUUGUACAUCAACCCCCAUACUACCCAGUUGGCCCACCUUGUCAUUCCAAUACCCCACAUGUACCAAAUGCCUCUGCAUUUCCAUUUACACCACAACAGACAAAUAUAUCAUCCAGCAACCCAUUUGUACCAACCUAUCCAGCAACAAACAUGCAUGCACCUCAAUUUCCGUACUCCCCAGGUAAUCCAGUUUGUCCCGCAAGUACCCUCCACCCACCAAACUCAGUUGUUACACCACAAUUUGAUUCUGAAGCCAUCGGAACACCAUCAACCAGUAUGUUUGUUAGUACAAAAAAUAAUGUGCUCUUACAAACUGCUAGAGCUCAAGUGUCACAUGUGGAAACACCUGGUAGCACACAGAAUAUUAGAAUGAUUUUUGAUAGCUGUAGCCAGCGGAGUUAUGUGACAGAAAGACUCCAGAAAUCCCUAGGCCUCCCUUCGAGUGGUAGUGAUACCUUGUUGAUAAAAACCUUUGGCGAGUCGCAUGCCCAACUGAGGAAGUGUGACAUUGUCCAACUAGCAAUCAAGACUCCAAGUAGGGAAAGAGUUUAUGUUACUGCCUACGUUGUGCCCACCAUCUGUUCACCCAUUAGUAACCAAUCCAUUAAUUUGCAUCAACAUAAGUACAGUCAUUUACAAUCAUUGAAGUUAGCAGAUGACAUAACCCACUCAUCAGAUCUGAAUAUCGAUUUAUUAACUGGUGCUGAUUACUAUUGGUUGUUAGUCUCUGAGGAAGUUGUUCGUAGCGAUUCUGGUUCGGCUCCAGUUGCAUUGAGUACCAAAUUGGGUUAUGUUUUAUCAGGUCCUGUCCAAGGUGAAAGCUGUACAAAUGAGUCGACUGUGAAUCUUAGUGAGACCCAUGUUCUAAGGGUAGUAUCUGAAGUUGUUCAAGAGAACACACUUGAACAAGAUAUCAAAACAUUCUGGGACUUAGAACCCCUUGGAAUAAAGUCGAAUGAGCCAGCUGUUUAUGACAAAUUCUUGAACGAUAUCACAUUUGAUGGUGAAAGAUAUGAAGUCAGACUGCCCUUUAAGGAAACCCAUCCACCACUGCCAGACAACUAUCAGUCGAGUAAGACAAGAUUGGAAAGUCUUGUGCGACGUUUUAAAUCAAAUCCAGAAUUGUUAAGACAGUAUGCUCAAGUCAUUCAGGAAGAACUUCAAGUCAACAUUAUUGAACCAGUAUCUAAUGAAGAAAAAUUCACUAAGAAAGAUUCACCAAGAAGGAUUCACUACCUGCCUCAUCGAGCGGUUCUACGUACGGAUAAGAAGACAACUAAGCUUCGUGUCGUGUACGAUGCGUCUGCAAAGAAGGAUGGUCCAAGUUUAAACGACUGUUUGUAUGCAGGGCCAUCUCUCACUCCAUUAAUCUUUGAUAUUCUAUUGAGAUUUCGCCUGCAGAGCAUUGGCAUCACAAGCGAUAUUGAAAAGGCGUUCUUAAAUGUCUCAAUUGCACCAGAUAAUCGAGAUUUUCUACGGUUUCUUUGGACAUAACAAAGGACAAUCCAGAAAUUGUUAUCAGAAGAUUCACAAGAGUUGUCUUUGGGGUUAACUCGAGCCCUUUUCUGUUAAACGGAUCUCAAGCCUACAGCCUCAAGUGUAUCCGAGGGUUAUUCACUGUAUGAUAAGUUGAAGAAAAGAUUUAAGGACGGAGGUUUUAAUAUGCGUAAAUGUCAAACGAACAGCGACGUAUUGGGGAAGAAGAUUGCCAGCAUUGAAGGGUCUGAUACGACCAAGACAUGCGAGGAUUGGGAAGAAGAUCAGAGCUUCUCGAAGACAGGUUUACCGCAAGUGAAUCCUGAGGAAGAGUUCCCAAAGGUUCUCGGCAUAACCUGGAAUACAAAGAGCGACAAGUUGGUAUUCAGUUUUGACGGACUGACUAUUUAUCUGACAGAAGAAUCAGUUACAAAACGAAUUGUGUUAAGUUCAAUCGCUAAGGUGUACGACCCUCUUGGACUUUUGUCCCCCAUUACGACCUUACUGAAAAUACUGUUUCAAGCCAUUUUCAAGGACAAGAACAUUACCUGGGAUGAUGUUCUCGAAGAUGAGACAGCGAAAUCGUGGAAAUCCGCGUUGACAAAUAUGAAAGAAACCUCGACAGUCGAUUUGAAUCGAUGCUAUAGCCCUCAGAUUGAUCGAAAGGAAAUCAGAUCAGUAGAAUUACACGGAUUCGGUGACGCUUCGGAGAAAGCGUACGGAGGAGUAGUGUAUAUUCGUAUCAGAACAGGAACGCUUGUUUCGUGUCAACUCGUUGCAUCCAAGUCAAAAGUCGCUCCCAUAGGUGGAGAAACAAUUCCGAGACUAGAACUGUUAUCUGGGCUGGUGCUUGCAAGAUUAAUGUCACAUGUUCGACGUGAACUGGAAGGAAAAUACAAGAUUGAUCGCGUUGUCUGUUGGUUGGAUUCAGAGAUUGCCCUGUGA